GUCCAUACAGUAAAAUAUUAGUAUAUUACUAAAUUGAGUAAUUUAUUUUUAGAAUUAACUACGUGUACGCUCGUCAUUAUCUGUUGCUAUAACAGAAUAAUCGCUACAAUUAUUUAUUUCAUUUCUAUAUUCUACUGCGACCUUUAAAAUAAUAUGUGUAUUGUGUUUAUUUUAUUAUAUUUAAUUUGACAUUUUUUUAUACCUAUGACUAGCGGCAUUAUAUUUGAAGUCGUAUCUAAUAACUUAAUAUACUACAGAACGCAGAAUAAAUACAAGAAAUUAAAAUUGAGUGUUGAAAAUUUGUUGUUUAUGGAUUUUCCAUAAUACGCAAAUUGUAAAUUUUGUAAAUUCUAUGUUCAAAAAAAUUCAAAAUUUAUAAACUUAAGAAUAAAAUUGAAGUACUAUUUAAUAUGAGUAAAACAGUACUAGUUCCACAGUGAUAGCUUAUUUGGAUGUGAAGUUAUAGGCUGUUUUUUCAUGUUUUUAAUUAUAAAAAAUGCUCUAUCAGGAGCUGCAAAAGAAGUAUGUAUUACAAAUUCAUUAUAUACGGAUUUCGUAAAAGGUGACAGAAUACACUUAAUACUUAAAAUUAUACAGAAAUACUCUUAUGAUGAAAUUUCGAAGUUCAUUUUUCCUCCAGAAUUAUCAAACAUAGAGACUUCAUUAUAUGAAUAUACGGGUUUAGAAUUGGAACACAGCGAGAAAGUAUUUCAAUUAAUUAUUCAAGACUAUAUAGAAGAAGGAGAUAAUAUUAAUCCCGAUUAUACAAUUUGUGACAAAUUUAAUGAAGGGAUUUCCAUUGAAAGUUAUAAUGAAGAGUUUCAGUUACGAUACGAUUAUAUAUUAAAACCCACAUUUAAAGAUUUACUUCAAAUUGAAUUAAGUGACAAGGUUAAUUGUUCAGAUGACGAAGGGGUAAAGUGUAAAUUGAUAGCUUUAAUUAGAAGAUCAAUUGAUCAUCAAAUUGAGAAUCAGUUAAUAAACUGCGACAAACAACGACAUCAUUGUAUCAUUAAUACAAAGUAUAGAAAUAAUACACAAAUAGAAAAUCGUUUUUUUGACAUCUAUACAGAAGAUCAAAUUUGGGCUACUGUUAUCAUUAAUGAUGAAAAUGGAGGAUAUAGUUUAUGGGAUCCAUAAAUAAAACUGUUCUAAUUUUAAUGUUCAACCAAUUUUUGUCUCCACCUGUUUCGAGUUCUAUUCCUAAACCUCCUAAAAAUAGUUUACAAAAUUUUUAAUAUUUGUAGUAUUAAUAUUAAUAGCAGUAACUAUGUAUGUGUCUAAGCUUUUAUGUUUUGUUGUAUUAUUUAGAGUAUUUAAAGAUUAUCAGAGUGGAAUAGAUCGAACUGACCACUCCAAUAAAUUUUGAGACAAUAAUCUUUUUACUGUGAUUUAUAAUUAACAAUUUUUUAUAAUUACAUUAUCUAUAU